AUGGAUAUCCGAACCAUGUACGAUACCAAAGGGCAGGAGCUCAGUGUCGCGUGCCACAUCCUCGAAUGCCGCUACUCAACCAUUACCAGAAAAAAUUCCCUUCCUGGAUUUGAUUGUCUAAUAGUUGUACUUCGCCUCAUCUACGGUACCUUCAUGUUUGAGAAUGGUGGCUCUUGUCACUGGAUCGGUGCGGCCGAGACGAAGAACCACUUCUUGAGACAUGCUUGGUCUCCGUUCGGGCCAGAAGAACGAGAAGUCAGAGAGGAUGCCAAAGACAGAGAGAAGGUACUCAAGUCGAUAGCAGGCUGUGAUUAUUCCUUUGAAUUGCUUUGCAACUCUGAGCUCAUGAGCGAGACCUUCUGGUCACAAAAUACAUUCCAACUUUUUGAGGGCCUUCUUGUUGCCACGACCGCUAAAUAUGUCGAGUGCUCUCCAACACAAUUUGCAAACCAUUGUUUGCUGAAGCUCGACCUUGCUGCGGAUCCAACCAGCACUCUGGAGGGGGUCAUCAAACAAUCAUUCGGGCUUGUUCCCUUCCACGAUCAGUGGGUCUGGGCGAGACCAAAUCGUCCAUGGGUCAUCAGGGUCAUGUAUACACCCGAUGUGACCAUGUCUCGACGUCUCGACAUCAACGACUUUCGGACUCGAUGUGUGCCCAGACCUCGAUGA